CACAUGCUCCAUUUGUUAUCUUUUACGCCGAAACUCAAUUUGUGUGUCCAUCCAUUUCUUAUUUUUAUUCCUUGUUCGUUGUGAAAUAAAAAAGUUGUUCGUUUACUUUCCGACUUAGAGAAUCUUACAAAGUUUAAGGCAGAAAUAUAGAAACCAAUGACUUUUGGGAGAAUUGCCAAUUUCAACUGGAAUAAUUGUAUCGAAAGUAAUGGGACUAACAUAAUUCGUACUAUGACAGAAAAUAGAAAAAGGUCUCGCGAGGACGACUCGUGUGAAUUUAUGCCAUUGUCAAAGAGAAUAAACAAUUUGCAUAUAAAUAACAACUUAAAUACGGCUGUUACUCAAGCACAGGAUGCUAGUCUUAGUCAAGUUAAUGGAAUAAACACAGAAAAUGGAAUCUCAUCACCAAGUUCCUCAUCAGGCUCGGAACGAAGACCGAGCUAUGACCCUGGAAUGAACUCAAAUCAAAGUAGUUAUUAUUAUGACAAUAAGUUGUUAUUCGAAUUACAUUUAGAGAGAAUACAAAGAUGCGGCCAACAAUUUCCAUAUUAAUUAUAGAUUUAGUGGUAUUGGUACCUGAUUAAGUUUUGUGUAUGAUGUGUAUUGUUUGUUACUUCUAGUAUUAAUUUAGAACAUACCUAUUUAGUAAUUUAAUUGAAUUAUUGUAACGUUUUCAAUUAAAAUUGUUGAAGCAUGGUAACAAUUUUAAUUUUUUGUUGUGGUAUUCAACCAGAAACGUCACUACGAUGAAUUUUUGACCAAUCACGAUAAAGAAUUAGUGCGCCAUCUGGCGUUAAAUCCAUACACUACAGAAACAGUAUGGCGGACCCCAUUUGUCGUAAAUGUUAAAAGAGAAGGGGCUUCGUUGUUUAUUUAGUUCUGUCGUCGUUGUUAUUUAUUAUGGAAUUUAUUUUGAGCAAUUCGAAGUGAAAAAAUUGUCAACUGUGAAAAUAAUAAAAUUUAUGUCAUAGCGAGGAGGACAGUGAUAUGAAUUUUGCUACAUUUGCACCAGUGGGCACAGCUGGUACCCACUUAGUGACUACUAGCGGUCAGUUGCCCGUUCAGAAGCUUCAGCAGAAUGUCGCCAACAAUGGUGCAGCUAUGCAACAGGUGUGUGUCAUGGGCGAUGGUGGUGUGCAGUACAUGCGUGCUCUAGACAACAGCGGCACGUUGCAAGCUACACCGCAACUGAUUACUGUGCCCGUUGCACUGCCGGGCGUCAAACCUGGUGACCCUCAACCAAUGGUACAGAUCCAGGUGCUAAGUCCAAAUAUACUACAAAUGGAGCCCAAAUAUCGAAUGCAGAUACCCAUACAAGGAAUUCAACAAGUGCUGACUGUUGAAUAUGGAAAUGGUGUCCACUUGCUCGGACAGGGCAGCUUGGGGGAAGGUCACCAAGUACUGGCCUUACCACAGGAGAUGCAGUUGGUACAGCCAACACAAGAAAAGGAUCAUAUAUCGCAAAAUAUGCCUCAGGUGUUCAUUACUCCGAACCAGCAGAUUAUCAUCAACGAGGCCGGCAAGACAUUGAACAACAACACCAUGUCGGACAACCAUAACCCAAACGUUAUCGUCGUCAAGGAGGAGUGUGAUGAUGAUGAGAGUUCACAGGGAACAGAAGUUGGCGAGACAAUACAAUGGUCUAUAGAUCCCAAUCAUCAACAGCAAAUUAUGAAAUAUUUAAGAUCAAUACCGCAACAGCAAGCACAAGGGCUCCCUGAAUCAUUGCAACAAUUCUUGCAGCUGAACCCAAGUGAUAUAAAACAGGGCGAAUCUAUUGAGAUUGAGAUGAAGAACCCCAAUACUAAGACAGAAGAACCAGUCGCCGAAGCUGUUCUCAGUGAAGACGGCACUCUUAGAAUACAGAGUAAAAAGAAGAAAAAGUACAAGAAGAAACCGCCAAAACCUGCGAAGCCGAAAUCUGGGAAUAUUGUGAUCACCACCUCCACAGACGGCACUUCUAUAUUCUGCUGUCCAGCGUGCGAUAUGGCCUUCACAGAGAAAGAACGGCUCGAGACACACCUCGUUGGCCAUAAGAUCGAGAGGCGGUUCAUUUGUGGGAUCUGUGGGGCUGGUUUAAAACGCAAGGAACAUCUAGAGCGGCAUAAGCUCGGUCACAACCCAGAGCGGCCGUUUGUUUGCGAUGUGUGCCGCAAGGGAUUCAAACGACGGGAGCAUCUUAAUCUACACACUAUCAUCCACUCUGGUGUGAAGACUGAAAUGUGCACAGAGUGCGGGAAAGGCUUCUAUCGUAAGGAUCACCUUCGCAAGCACACGCGGUCGCACGAGAGCAAGCGAGCUCGCGACGAGGCGGCCGGCGCCGACAACGCGGCUGUGGCUACUCCUGCACCCGUCCAGCCCGCUCCCGCCAAUAAUAACAUCUUACCUGAGAUCACUAUACACAUACCAACGAGCUCGAACUCUCAGAGCCCGGUGCAAAUAAACAUCCCGCAGCACGUGGUGACGUCGCUGGGCAGCCAGGCGCACGCAGACACGCUGGACGCUCUGCUGGCGCACCACUCCUGACCAUAGGCCUCCACACUCCACCUUCUCCUCACACAGAAACCCAACAUAAAGCGCUCCCCAUAAACAUGUAAGGUCUAUCCCCUUUUCUUCUAAAAUUGUAGUCUCUGAUGAUUAGGUCAGGGCUAAUGUGCAGGUAACCAACAUUACUUUUAUUUAUUCAGUUCCACCUAGCUUGAUUUCUGUUAAAUUUAUUCCCGUAAACAUUUUUUGUAAUCCAGUAUUAAAAUUAAGCAAAAAUAGUCUCGAUAAAAUUGCACAAAAAAAAUUUGACUAUACAAGACUACUUUUACUAUUUCGGUUUCAGUGUGAAUCUUCUAUUUUAUUCAUUCACCCCUGACCUAGUUAACUGAUCGAAUAAUUAAUGUUUGCCGCCGCAUUGUCGUAUCUUGACGAUACCUACUAAGGUGUGACAUCGUUCUAAGGUCAUUGCAGAGUUAACUCAUGACAAUAUUUGUGACGACGGCUACGUAGGCCUGUAGACCUGUCUGUAUGCUAGUAUGUGAGCUUGCGAGUCCAGUACUCGUUAGCUUACAUAACCCCAACAGUCCAGGCCAUAUUGUCAAAUUUAAACAUAUCACCGCAGCAACGACGUCUGGCAUUGACCUUAGCAAUAUAAGAAAAUAUUUGAGUGAAAGCAAAAUCGAAUAAAACAAAGGGUUAUUAUGAUUGAUGUUGGUUGUGAUUCGAAUGGAGCCAUGAGUUAUAUAAACAAUACAUCAGUUACUUAAUUAUUACAGGGUAAUACAGUACUUUGAAAUGUAAGCCCAAGAUGUAACGCCGAAUUAAAAGUCUGUAAAAAGUUAAUUUAAAAAAAAUAGGAACAUUGCGAUGUAUGAUAUGAAUCAUUUAUGAGUAAAUAGAAUAAAUACAUGUAAUUCUUUAAAGAGUCGUUUUAGACUUGAUGGAAUAGCUGUUGCCAUAGAUGAUUCGUAUGAAACAGCUCAAUAUUUCCAAGUGUACGGUCGUGGCCUUGUAAGUGUUUAGACUUAACACGGUAAGGUAAUGAGCUCCAUGAAGAGACUAGUUUACAAGUCUAUGUAAAGAAAUGCGUUGUUCGUAAGCUAUAAUUAGUGUCGACGAAACUCAAUCGAUAAAGUGAUAAAGCUUCAAGCAUAAUGUUUGUAGAUACAUAUCACGUAACGUAUUAUUGUAAAUUUUUAUUUUAAUACUGAUAAUACCAUGACAUGGCACUCUCAUUCCGUCAAACGUUUCUACACAAUUUGUUUUAUAAUAACGAAACGUUUGUACAACCUCCUUUGAGCUUAGAUCAUUCGUGAUUCCGGUUGCUUAUUUGAUGCAUCGUAGUAUAAGUACAUUGUUUGGUAGUAAUUAUCCAAUAAUUACAAUAGUUGAUGUAUUCUACUGUUUAAAUACCCAUACAAAUGUGAAAUAUAUCUAGGAUUUUCCAGUUCGCCUGAAAGAUCAGCUCCAUAGACAAAGAAAAUACACAUAAUAGUAUUAUAUAGUUUAGGAUUUAAUCUAAACAUUGUAUGUUGUUUACUCUGGGGUACAUUAACAUUUAAACAAAUACGAUGUUCUCAAAUACCUGUGACUCUGGAAUUCUCGUUUGAUUAACAUACAUUGCGAUUCAUUUGUAAAUAUCCUUGUCACUGUGAUAUUUAUACCAUUAACCAUUACUCAUCGCAUUCAUAUCCAUCAUGUUCUUAUUUUGUAUACAAACUUUUUCAUUUCCAUCAAAUUGUGAUAUUUAUUUACGACCCUCUAAUUAUUGUGCUAGGAUUUGAAAUAAAUAAUUGUAUUGAUUGAAAUAAAUAGUAAUUGUCUGUGUGAAGAUGCUCCGUCCCUUUCUGGCAAUAGUUUGUUAUUUUAUAAUGCUUAUAACAUUGUUUACUUUGUAAAAUUAUCUCUACCGACUUAGUUCUCCUAGCACAAAGAGAUCAUUAAACGGAUUUAUGGAGCUGACUAGAAUUAUCGCAAGUGUGGGAGACUAUUUGCCCAAAUACUCAAAUUAUACUCAAUUUUAAAAUGCAUGUAACAAAAUUGGGUAGUUUGUCAGUAUUUGGGAAUCAUGUUACAUAGAAAAAUGAAUUCAUAAAGCUUUCAAAUGUUGAUAAUCGUUAUUUAUAGUAACAUGAUUUUGUAUGUCUGUCUGUAAUUUUAUUGGUAAUAUGGUCGAAAUUAUGUCACACAGUUGCGUUAAUAAUAUAAUAUACAAAUUAUGUUGAUUUGAUUAGACUUUUCUACCACACGAUAUUAAUAUUGUCAGCUUUAAUGUAGUUGUAAAUUAUUUUCCAAUUAUUAUAUUUUUGUACUUAGAAUUAAGUUUUGUAAUGCAUCACUACUACCUUGUGACAUGUUUUUAUGUCUUAGAAUGCUUCUAUAGUGAAUGUUAAGGUGCUCUAUGAACGUAAAUUAGGUUUGCAAAUAUUAUUGCUAUUCAGAUGUCGUUAUUUUACAAAUUUUAAUAUCAAAUAAUAAAACACAACAAAUGUUCCCUCUUUCCGGUAGCUAAAUAUUAUGUGUCCAUUCAGUAGUUAGAUUUUUGAUACAACCCUGAUUUUAAGAUAGUUUUUUUAAAUGUAUUUUUGUACAUUUUGUUGUUUUAAGACUUUAUUUAAAUAUCAUGAGUAGUGUAGUUUGGUUCUAAAUCUCGAAAUCUUAUUUAAUUGUUUGUGUAACUGUUUAGGCAUAUCGCAUGUACUUCGGUCGAAAACUUUACUUCUUAUCUGUUAUCAUUUAAGAUAACGUUAGCAGUUAACCAAUUUAGAAACGUAUUUUUUUAUUUGGUUUUAUUGAAAUUAGUUGCAAGUAUUAUAAAGUGUAAGAAAUAGCUAAUAAACCACUUCGGUCCGGAGUUUAAGUGUAAACUUUUGUAUGAAACUUUAUUUAUUAAGAAAACACCGUAAGAAUGAUAAGAUUAAACAAUAAAAUCACUGAUUUUUGAA